UGAAUGUGCACAGGAAUGUGGCACAAUUAACAAAAUAACUUUAGCUGACAAACGCGAAAAUAUGUCCAAGGGACUACAGCUGUGCGUAUAAUUAAUAAACAGGAUUUGCUACAAAACUAAGUGAAAAAAUGCGUGCUUACUAUACGACAAAGGAUAAACGCAAAUACGGCGAUAUGAGCUAUGAAAGCAAAUAUUUGCUGGAUCCAAAAUACAUGACGAAACGCGAUCUGCAGCAUUAUUAUCGAUACUACAACCUGACGAAGAAUCGUGGGCAGUUCAAAAAGAUCGUAGUCAUCAUAUUCUGCGUCUGCGUGUUUAGCUAUCUGUUCGUUGAUUAUAAUCUGCGCACCAAGCUGCUGCAUCUGCGCGAUCGCUUCGACUUCAUAGCACGCAUCGAUGUGGAGUACAACAUGACGCCGGCCUACUUUGUGGACACGCCUGGGUGUCGCAUGCCCUUCUUCGAGGUGCUGGACGACAACAUAGCGCAGUUUAUGUUCAAGCCCAAGCCGUAUGUCUGCAACAAGCCGCUGACGCGCACCAGCGACGUGAUACCGGGACAACUGGAGCUCAACAUGAAUGCCAGCGAGAUGCUGAGCGCCUACAACAUAAGCGAUCUGGCCAGCGUCAUGUGCAACUACACGGAGCUGCAGCGUGUCACCGACAGGCACAAUGAGCACCUGCCGCCCGUGAGCUUUAGGCUGGCGCCGCGCGUGCAGCUGCCCCAGCAUUUGGAGUUUCUAAUGCUGGAGUGCUACGAUGCGGCUGGCAAUGUUUUCUAUAAGGAUUGCCACUUCUUUGCAGUGGACAAGCCGCAGUCGGCGCCCAAGAGCGCCGCUGGCAAAAAGUCCUACAAGCCUGUGAGCUUUAAUAACAGUCAUGAGAACGACGGAACGCCGGAACGACUCUCGAUUAUGGUGCUGGGCAUUGAUAGCGUCUCGCACUUGAAUUUCCAGCGUCAGAUGCGCAACACUGCGUCGUAUAUCAAGCAGCAUUUGUCACACGUCGAAUUCUGGGGCUACAACAAGGUGGGCGACAAUACUUUUCCCAAUUUGGUGCCGCUGCUGAGCGGCUUGGACGACCAGGAGCUGAAUAUAUCCUGCGUGGCACCGCUAGCGCGUCCCAGCUAUGAUCUCUGCUCGUUCAUCUGGAAGCGCUAUAAGCAGGCGGGCUACAAGACCGUCUAUGCGGAGGAUGUGGGCGUGCUGGGCUUGUUCAACUUUUACCGCAAGGGCUUUCGCCAGGCGCCCACGGACUACUACUUGCGUCCACUGCUGCUGGAAAUGGAGCAGCACAUUGCCUACAAAAAGGAGGUGAAUGUGAAGCUCUGCAUGGGCGGACGCCGCACAGCGGAUGUGCUCCUGGAGUACAUGCGUAAGCUGCUGCCGCGCAUGCAGCGGGAGCUGUUCUUUAGCUUCUUCUGGACGGUCACGCUGACGCAUGAUUAUCUCAACUCGCCGAUGCUGCUGGAUGCGCAGCUGCUGCGGAAUCUGCAACAGCUGCAAACAUCGGGUGUGCUCAAUCGCACGCUGGUGCUGCUGAUGUCGGAUCAUGGCAUGCGCUGGGGCUCGUUUCGCAAGACCUAUCAGGGCAUGAUGGAGGAGCGUCAGCCGCUGCUUAUAGCUUUGUAUCCCGACUGGCUGCAGAAGCGCUAUCCGCUGGCCAUUGCCAAUCUGCAGACGAACGCCAAGCGCUUGACCACGCCCUUCGAUCUGCAUGCCACGCUGUUGCAUCUGCUGGACAUGCAGCAGCUGGAGGCGGACAAUCUGCAGCGCGUGGCUGCGGAGCUGCAGGAUACGGAUGGCACCAUGCCACGUGGCAUUAGCUUAUUUCUGCCCGUGCCCGUGGAGCGCAAUUGCGAGCAGGCGGGCAUUGCUGCACAUUGGUGCACCUGUCAUCAGCGCCAGGAGCUGGCCACCAAUGAUGCGCGAGUGCAGCGUGCCGCACGUUAUCUAGUGCGUCUUAUCAAUGAGCGUCUGUCUUCGCAUCCACAGUGCCGCACGCUCUAUUUGAACUCCAUACUGCAGGCGUUUAUAGCGGCGCCACAUCAUAAGAUAGUCAAAGAGCUUAGCACCGAUUAUGCCGUGGACAUAACGCUGCGACUGCAGACCAAGCCAGGUCUGGGCGUCUUUGAGUCCACGGUGCGCAUGUCCAGCUAUGCGAACGCCUUAACGGGCACCAUAAGUCGCAUUAAUCUCUAUGGCAGCCAGAGCUACUGCAUCAAUGAUACUACAUUGAAAAUGUUUUGCUAUUGUCAUAGAUAAAUGUGUGGCCAGGAACCCAAUACGUAGCCUUAGCUGUGUGUAUUAAUUGCAAUUAAAACAAUAUUAUUAGGUCUAAGCUUAGACAAACUAA